GAUCUUCGAAAACAAAAAAAUGCAUUUCAAAAAACAAAAACAAACUCUCAUAAAUUUAUACUCAUCCAAAGCUCGAAUAUUUUGCGAAAAUUCACACUAGAUCAUCUCCUGAAAAUGCAAAACAAACUCGUAACGUUGAUAACGCAAACUCCGCUCUUCGGGCAGCUGGUAAUUGGACCGCCGGGUUCCGGUAAGACCAGUUAUUGCAACAAAAUGAAACUGUUGCUGGAGAAGCUGCAGCGGAAGGUUACCGUCGUUAAUUUGGAUCCCGCUAACGAUAAUAUGGCCUACGAGAGUAGUAUCGACAUCAUGCAGCUGAUUACGGUACAGGACGUGAUGGAGCAGUUCAGCUUGGGACCGAACGGAGCGCUGAUUUACUGUAUGGAAUUUCUCGAAGCGAAUUUUGGCUGGCUGCUGGAUCAGCUGAAAGCUGCACCCGAUAGGUACUUCAUCUUUGACUGCCCCGGUCAGGUGGAACUUUAUACGCACCAUAAUGCUAUGAGGAACAUUUUCGCCCAGCUGGAACAGUUGGGAUACCAUCUUUGCACGGUACAUUUGGUAGAAUCACAUCACUGCUCGGAACCGCACAAGUUUAUUUCUACGCUGCUACUGUCGCUGCAUACGAUGCUCCAGAUGGGGCUGCCGCACGUUAACGUGCUAAGCAAGGCGGAUCUGCUGAAAGAGUUCGAAUCGAAGCUGUCCUUCAGUUUGGAGUACUACACGGAGGUGCUGGAUUUACAGUAUUUGCUAGAUUGUGUCGAUCAAUCGAUGAUGGGACCGAAAAACAAGUACAAAAAAUUGAACACCGCAAUUGUGUCUAUGGUUGAGGAUUACAGUUUGGUUUCGUUUCAUCUGCUGGAUUCGAAUCGGGACGAAAGUUUGCUGCGGUUGAAAAAUGCCAUCGAUAAGGCUAACGGGUAUGUUUACGGUGCCGGAGAGGAGAAGAAUGUUAACACGCUGCUGGCCUGCGCGGUGGGCGCUGAAACACAGAAGGAUCGGAUGGAGCGUGAUAUCGAUCCUUAUGUUAGCUAGGUAAGUGGAAAUAAAACCAACCGCAAAUUGA